AGCGUCUGUGCAGUUGAGACAAUGCCUGGCACUGAUGCAAUGGCACGGCAUUCUGUGAUGUUUUUGAUUCUUCUGAUUCAAACUGCACGAGGACAGGUCAGUUACUCCAUCCCAGAAGAAAUGUCAAAAGGAUCGACUGUAGGAAAUAUUGCUCAGGAUUUGGGCUUGGAUUUACAACGAUUAAAGUCAGGAAAAGCGCGAAUAUUUACCAGAGACAGCACGGAAUACAUCGAGCUGAACAGAAACAGUGGAUUGCUGCUUAUCAGAGAGAAAAUGGAUCGCGAAUCUCUUUGUGCAAAAACAACUCCGUGCGCGGUGCAUCUUCAAAUGAUUUUAGAAAACCCGAUGGAAUUAUACACGAUUACAAUAGAAAUCAUGGAUAUAAAUGACAACGCUCCCAGUUUCCAGAAAAAGGACAUCAGAUUUGAGAUCAGCGAAUCGGCGGCUGCGGGUGCUGGUUUUAUGCUUGGCAGAGCUUUCGAUCCAGAUGUAGGAACAAAUGCUCUACAGAGCUACUCGCUGAAACCGAGUGAUCAAUUCCGGCUUGAAUUGCACAGUCAGGCAGAUGGUAGUAAAAACGUCGAGAUGAUUUUACAAAGGCCACUUGAUAGAGAAACGCAAAACUCAUUUACUUUGUUGUUAGAAGCGUUUGAUGGAGGCAAUCCUGUGCUCUCUGGCACUGUACAGAUACACAUCACUGUGUUAGAUAAUAAUGAUAAUGCUCCUGUUUUUAUGCAAAAGGUAUAUAAAACCACAAUAUCAGAAAACGCACCGAAAGGUACGAUAUUAACAGUGGUGAGCGCGUCUGAUGCAGACGAAGGUUCCAACAGUGUAGUGACGUACUACAUAUCUGACACAGUGGAGAAAAAUGUGUUCGACAUGUUUCUUGUUAAAGAACAAACUGGUGAACUAAUAUUAAACGGUCAGAUUGACUAUGAAAAGGUGAGCCAUUAUGAAUUUAAUAUUCAGGCAAAAGAUCAAGGAGGACUAUCUAACACAUGCAAAGUCAUUAUCGAUGUUCUUGACAUUAAUGAUAAUUCGCCUAGUAUUCAAAUUCUGUCUAAUUCCCAUUCCAUACCUGAAGGCUGUAAGACUGGUACUAUUGUUGCAAUGCUAAAUGUUGAUGAUCUUGAUUCAGGUGUAAAUGGUCAGGUUCAGUGUGUCAUAAUAGAGAAUAUUCCUUUUGCCAUAACAUCUCAGUCUAGUAGCUUCUUCAGUUUGCAAACAGAACAGGAAUUGGACAGAGAGAGAGAAGCUGAUUACAAUAUCAGUGUAAUAUGUACUGAUGAGGGAGUGCCAGCGCUCUCCAGCAGUGUCUCUCUCCAUGUGCAAAUAUCAGAUGUAAAUGACAAUGCUCCUAUCUUUGAGAAAAGUAACUAUGAGGCAUGUGUGCUGGAGAAUAACACACCUGGUCUCUCUAUAUUUACAAUUAAAGCCAGUGAUGCUGAUUGGAACCAGAAUGCCCGUGUUUCUUAUAUUCUAGAAGACAGCACUGUUAAUGGAGUCUCUGUCUCAUCGUAUGUGUCAAUUCAUCCUGACAGCGGACUGAUUACAGCUGUGCGCUCUUUCGACUAUGAACAACUCAAAGAUUUCCACUUUCAGGUAAAAGCACAAGAUGGAGGCUCUCCUCCACUCAGCAGUAACGUGACAGUGAAAAUAAUUGUUCAAGAUCAGAAUGACAACGCUCCUCAAGUUCUGUAUCCAGUACAGACCAGUGCUUCUGUGGUGGCUGAGAUUGUGCCUCGUGCUGCAGAUGUUGGAUAUCUGGUCACUAAAGUGGUGGCUGUUGAUGUGGACUCUGGACAGAAUGCCUGGCUCUCCUAUAAACUACAGAAAGCUACAGACAGAGCGCUGUUUGAAGUGGGUUUACAGAAUGGAGAAAUAAGAACUGUGCGACAAGUGACUGAUAAAGAUGCUGUCAAACAAAAACUGACUGUUGUUGUGGAAGAUAACGGACAGCCCUCUCGCUCAGCUGUGGUCUCCAUUAACGUGGCUGUGGCUGACAGCUUUCCUGAAGUGCUGUCAGAGUUCACAGACUUUACGCAUGGAAAACAGUAUGACGAUAACUUGACCUUUUAUUUAGUUCUCGCACUGGCUGCUGUUUCUUUUUUAUUUAUCACAUGUGUGGUUGUGAUAAUAUCAGUAAAGGUCUACAGAUGGAGGCAAUCGCGCUUCUUAUAUCAGUCCAAUCUGCCUGUUAUACCGUACUAUCCACCGCAUUACGCAGACACAGGAGUCACCGGAACUCUGCCGCACGGUUAUAAUUAUGAAGUGUGCAUGACGACUGACUCGAGGAAGAGUGACUGUAAGUUUUCUACACUGGGUGGGAAGAAUAUCUUAGUAGUGGACCCGAGUUUUGCUGAGACGAUGCAGCGCACGAUCAAGAAAAAAAGUUCCAUCGACGAUGUCAGCUCUGCAGAAUCGGUAAGAAAGGUCAUUUCUAUGUAG